GCUAUUUGGGUCCCCCUUGUCCUGCUCGGUUCCUUUUGGGGCAUGUGCGGGCCUGUAUUUCUGAAAGGGAAAUGGAGCAAGAAGCUGAGCUUGAGGGGCAGCUUUAAACCCUCUGACCUAGGUCUUGCUGCUUCAUACGUCAGGAGCCACCGCCUCUAGACAUUUUCGGACACGUUCUGAGUCUGCAGAAAAGGAGCUAAGCCCUGACUUGUCUCCAGCUGGGGUAUUUAAACUGUGACUUUUGCCAGCUGUAUUCACAGCUGUGGUCACAGGUGUACAGCACUCUUUCUGUAGUGAUCCAGGCAGAUGUGCAAUACCAAUAUGUCUGUGUCUACUGAUGGUGCUGUAAGUACCUCACAGAUUCCAGCUUCGGAACAAGAGACCCUGGUUAGACCAAAGCCAUUGCUUUUGAAGUUGUUAAAAUCUGUUGGUGCACAAAAAGACACUUACACUAUGAAAGAGGUUAUAUUUUAUCUUGGCCAGUAUAUUAUGAGUAAAAGAUUAUAUGAUGAGAAGCAACAGCAUAUUGUGUAUUGUUCAAAUGAUCUUCUGGGGGAUUUGUUUGGAGUGCCAAGUUUCUCUGUGAAAGAACACAGGAAAAUAUAUACAAUGAUCUACAGAAACUUGGUAGUAGUCAAUCAGCAGGAACCAUCUGAUUCAGGCACGUCUGGGAGUGAAAACAGGUGUCACCUCGAAGGUGGGAGUGAUCAAAAGGACUCUGUGCAAGAGCUGCAGGAAGAGAAACCUUCAUCCUCAGAUUCGGUUUCUAGACCAUCUACCUCAUCUAGAAGGAGAACAAUCAGUGAGACGGAAGAAAACUCAGAUGAAUUACCUGGUGAACGUCAAAGGAAGCGCCACAAAUCUGAUAGUAUUUCCUUUUCCUUUGAUGAAAGCCUUGCUCUGUGUGUAAUAAGGGAAAUACGUUGUGAAAGAAGCAGUAGCAGUGAAUCCGCAGGGACUCCAUCAAAUCCGGAUCUUGAUGCUGGUGUAAGUGAACAGUCAGGUGAUUGGUUGGAUCACGAUUCAGUGUCAGAUCGAUUCAGUGUAGAAUUUGAAGUCGAGUCUUUAAACUCUGAAGAUUAUAACCUUAGUGAAGAAGGACAAGACCUCUCCGAAGAAGAUGAUGAGGUAUAUCAAGUAACUGUGUAUGAAGCAGGGGAGAGUGAUACAGAUUCAUUUGAAGACGAUCCUGAAAUUUCCUUAGCUGACUAUUGGAAGUGCACUUCAUGCAGUGAAAUGAAUCCUCCCCUUCCAUCACAUUGCAACAGAUGUUGGGCCCUUCGUGAGAAUUGGCUUCCUGAAGACAAAGGGAAGGAAAAAGGAAACAUGCCUGAGAAAACUGAACUAGAAAACUCAACACAAGUAGAAGAGGGCUUUGAUGUCCCGGAUUGUCGAAAAAAUACAAUGAAUGAUUCCCAAGGAUCAUGUGUUGAGGAAAAUGAUGAAAAGAUCACACAAACCUCCCAAUCCCAAGAAAGUGAUGACUUUUCUCAGCCAUCAACUUCUAGUAGCAUGAUUUAUAGUAGCCAAGAAGAUACCAAAGAGUUUGAGAAAGAAGACACACAAGACAAAGAAGAUAUUGUAGAAUCUAACUUUCCCAAUAAUGCCACUGAACCUUGUGUGAUUUGCCAAGGCCGACCUAAAAAUGGUUGCAUUGUCCAUGGCAAAACAGGACAUCUUAUGGCAUGCUUUACAUGUGCGAAGAAGCUGAAAAAAAGAAAUAAGCCAUGCCCCGUAUGUAGACAACCAAUUCAAAUGAUUGUAUUAACUUAUUUCUCCUAGUUGACAUGCUUAUUUAAGUAGGAUCAUAGUUGUGAUCCUACUGACUCGUAUGCCCAAUUGGUGGGGCCCUUGUCCUGUGGACCUGAGUGUCAUGUGUUUGAUUUCCAUUCUCUACACACCUAGGUUGUGCAUUUGAACCCUGGCCAGGGCACAUAGGGUAAGCACCCAGUCGAUAUUUCUCAUAUCCAUGUUUCCCUUCCUCAAUAAACACAUCCUUAGGUGAGGAUUUAAAAGAAGAAGAAAAAAAAGUGCUGUGGUAUUUGUAACACCACAUACCUCUGAACAUGCUGUGGAUGGAUUUGAAGAUAGCCAAUAUUCUCAUUGGCGGUGUAUCACUUCUGCCUCUGAUAAGAUCUUUUAAGAAAAAAGUCCACUUUGACUUCUUUUUAUUUUACCUUCUUACAACUGUAUGGAUACCACUUAGUAAUAGAAACAUUCCCUCCCCCAAAAAAUAAUUUAAGUAGGACAUUUAAAUGUAACUUAUUUAGUACCUUUCAUGUAAAAAGUUUGUGAAAGAUUUAAUUACUUAAAUUUUAGAUAUUAUUAAACUUGUCAAUCCUUAGUUUCUCUGUUCUUUCAGAACCUUGUAAAAUACUCUAUCUAGAUAAAAAAAGAAAUUGGUAGUUAUAUUUUAGUAUGUAAGUAAAAAUGUUCGUUAUUUUCCAGCUUCUCCAGUGUAGUGAAGAAUAGAUGGUAAUGAUGUCAGUUUGAGAAGUCUUUGAGAGGAACCAUCAUUUACCCACAGACACAACUUUUUAAGACCAAGGCAUCUUAACGUGUGUAUCAGGCUCUUUUCUGCACCUAAUUUCAGGAUUUGGUGCAAUCUCUUGGCUAAAUUGAGAACUUCUAUGACACUUUGAAAUGCCUUUGUGACCUGGGUUUUGUGGUUCCUGGAAGUUACUUAGGUUUCAGACCUUUGCCUAAGGCCAGUUUUAGAAACCAGUGAAUUCACAAAGUAAUUUGAGAAAUGUAAUAAACAAAAGGACAUUUUAAACUAGUUGGAAAUGUUCCAACAUUGCUCUAAAUUGUCCAGAAAUUUUGCAUCACUUUAAGAAUGGUAGGGUCUGAUUCUAAAAUAUCUCAAACUGCAUAGAUUAACAUCUUGAUUUAUAUUUAAUUAUGAAUUAUCAGCAAAAUAGUGAAAAUAGACAUUUUGAUUGAAGGUCCCAGUGUUUUAUUCCCACUUAUGAUAGUUGUAUACACUCAGGUGAGGACAACUUAUUAAACUUUAAGACAAUAACCACACACAUGAUCUACCUGAUAUACAUAUGUAAAAAAAUAAAUAGCUGAAGCAUUUAUUAGCCAAAGAGUAUCCUCAAAUACAGUAAAGCUAUAUUAAUUUGGGACUUAUAAUACUUCAAGUAUAGAAUUAAGGAUCUUUUCUGAGGACAGUAGUAAAAAUUAGAUCGGGUAUAUUAAGGCAAUGAUUACACUAUUUAUAAAAUAUUCAGAUCUUUCCAAAUGAUCUCAUCAUGCCUAUACGUUACUAACGUAAUUUUUUUUUUUAAAGAUUUUAUUUAUUUAUUUCUAGGGAGAUAGGAAGGCAGUCAGAGAGGGAGAGAAACAUGGAUGUGUGACAGAUAACCGACUGCUUGCCCUUCGCACACCUCCAACUGGGCACCUGGCCCAAACCCAGGCAUGUGCCCUGACUGGGAAUUGAACUCAUGACACUUUGGUUUGCAGGCUGGUGAGCAAUCCACUAGCCACACCCAUGAGGGCCUGAUAUAUAUUUACUAUCCAUUUGUAUACUUAAAUUUUUUUUAAUAAAUGAUUUACUAAAUGUUUAAACAUUUAGAAUUUAGAACGUUUAAACAAAUGUUUAGAAUUGUUUUAAGAAUGUGAUUAUUGGAUUUUACAAACACUUUAAAUUUUCCCAUAAUAAUGAGUUUUGUUAAAAUAGAUACCGUAGUUGAAUAUCAUCUAUUUGUGUAAUCAAAGGUACAAGUCUGAAUGUGCUUGUUUUUGGAAUGACCAUGCCUGCUUGCUUUCAAAAUACACGUUGAGAGCCUCCAAGGCUCUCAACCUGAUAAAGUUGAGAGCCUCUAAGGUUCUAAGGUCCACUUGAGGGUAUCUUAAAAUUUAGUAGAGCUGUGAAAUGCUUUGCCCCCUAUCCAGUUCACUUGUGUUAACCACAUUUCAGGUUGUCGUAAGUGGCUUCUCAAUAAGUAAUAGGGAACUGCCUUUCUGGAAGGGAUGAAGCCCAGACAGGGAAGGGAGUUACGGAUAGCUAGCCACUGUACCACUUGUCAGCAUGAAAAAUCCCUAUUGUAAUUGCUUAUAAUUUCUUUGUGUCAUCUACAAAACUGCAUUCCAUGGGACCAAGAACAUCUUGAUUGUGGUACACAAACAGGUGCUCAAGAAGAAUUUAUUGAGUGGCCCCUGGCUGGGUAGCUCAGUUGGUUAGUGUUGUUCUAAUAUGCCAAGUUGGCGGGUUCUGUCCUGGGUCAGGGCACAUAAAAGAAUCAACAACCAAUGAAUGCAUAUGUAAGUGGAAUGACAAAAUUGAUGUUUCUCCUUCAAUAAUUUAUUGACUAAAUCAGAGCACUGGGACUUGCUUGAGUCUUGACUGGCUUUAAAUCAGGAGCUUGUGUGCCCCCAGACUAGACCAGGGUUAACUAUUGGCAUUAUUUAGUUUCAAUUUGUAUUUUUAGUAAGGGUUCCAAAGACUGGUUAGUGGCAUGUCCGUAGGCUUGUGGUGAUAUCUGCAAGUUAAAUGUAUUGUGAAGAGUUUGUGGCUGCACUUUCUGGUGGUUUGGAUUCUGAAUUGGGUUUUGAUUUAGUAUUUACAAAAAUUUCUUCAUCUUAA